AUGGCCGCGCUAAUAUCACCUUUGCAGUUCCUUCGUGAAUACAAAUUGGUGGUAGUAGGAGGUGGAGGGGUAGGAAAGUCAUGCUUGACCAUUCAACUCAUACAAAGCCACUUCGUGGAUGAAUACGAUCCUACAAUUGAAGAUUCAUACCGCAAGCAAUGUAUGAUUGACGAUGAGACCGCCCUUCUCGAUGUCCUGGACACCGCCGGCCAAGAAGAAUAUUCCGCAAUGCGAGAACAAUACAUGAGAACGGGCGAGGGCUUCUUGCUCGUCUACUCCAUAACCUCCCGACAGUCCUAUGAAGAAAUCAUCACCUUUCAACAACAAAUCUUACGGGUCAAGGAUAAAGAUUACUUCCCAAUGAUCUUAGUGGGCAACAAGUGCGAUCUAGAGUCAGAAAGAGUUGUGUCCAGGGAAGAGGGAGAAGCACUCGCUGUACAAUUUGGGUGCAAGUUCAUUGAAACGUCGGCCAAGUCCAGUAUACAUGUUGAUGAUGCAUUUUACGGUCUGGUGCGAGAAAUUCGACGGUUUAAUCGCGAGAUGGCGGGAUAUUCGGCAGGCGGACCUCAACUGGGCUCACAUGGGCCAGGACAGAAACUGGAGAUGGAUCAUCAAGCACAGAGUGCGGGGUGCUGCAGCAGGUGUGUGGUCAUGUAA